UAUCAAUGGUGGUUCGAAGGUGUACAUGAAGUGAACUAAUAUAAGUAAACAAAGUCAGCUGAUCUUUCUGAUUUGUUCGUUUACUUAAAGAUAUGUCUUUCGAAAGCAGUUAAGAGUGUAGGUCAUUCACCAGUGGUUGUUAAAUAGCAGCGAAUAGCUUAACGACGUUAUUUACGAAAACAAAAACUGUAGUAAUACUAGUAACUUAGUGUGAUAGUGAAGAAAAAAUGUUGCGUAAGAGAAUUGGUGAAAAGAAUAACUUGAACACAGACAACUUAGAGGAACUUAGUAAAUCCAAACUUAAGCAAGAGGAACAAUCCAAGUCUUAUAAGAAGAAGUCACUGAAAAAAGUUAUUAUUGUAUUAUGCUCUUUUGGUUUUAUCUUGUAUGUUGUGUUACCAUUGUGGUUUAUUUCUUCACCUUGGUUACGAGGUCACAUAAUAUUUCUCACCUAUAUCAGUUGGCCACCUUUUCUGAACCUGACAGUACCAGAAAAAUUUGGUCUGACAUGUGCCAGAAAUUUUUACAUUGAAUCAGAACCUGGUAUAAAUCUUGGUGUGUGGCACAUUCUUCCUAAGAGUAGAUGGGAUGGUUGUCAAAAGGAAAGCUUUAAUUGGGAAAAAGAGUUUGAUGAUCAAAGGCCAGUAAUAUUAUAUCUUCAUGGUAACUCAGGUUCACGAGGUGGCUCGCAUAGAGUUGAAUUGUAUCGAGUUAUGUCUGAAAGUAAAGUUGAUGCACAUGUUGUUGUCUUUGAUUAUCGUGGUUAUGGAGACUCCACUCUUAUAGAUCCAACCAUUGCAGGUGUUGUCCAGGAUGCUAAAGUGAUGUAUAACUGGUUAAAAAAAAGAGUAGAUAAGUCUAGAAUUUUUAUAUGGGGACAUUCUCUUGGAACUGGGGUGACAAUCAGAUUGGCAGAAAGAUUAUCAGUGGAAAAUGACAACCCAAUGGGUAUUGUAUUGGAAUCGGCAUUUGAUUCACUUUGGAAGGUUGGAUAUCAUCAUCCAAUUUCAAGCCUUCAUCGCUUUUUACCCUAUUUUGAACAUUGCUUUGUAGAACCUGUUCGACAGGAAGAUCCGAAUUUUGACAGUGAAGAAAAAGUGGGACAUAUUACUGCACCUAUGCUGAUAUUACAUGCAGAAGAUGAUCUAGUGGUACCCUUUGCUCUGGGUAAAAACCUCUUUAAUCGUGCUCGUAAAGAAAGACCUUCUUAUCUGAGUCCAGUUGAAAUGAUUAAGUAUAAUUCAGAACUUGGGUAUGGGCACAAGUAUAUUUGUCGUGAUCCAGGACUUGCAGAUGUUAUUUUCAAGUUUAUCACAGAUCAGAAAAGUCUAGUUUAAUGUAUUUUAAUUUUUUUCAAAUUACAUUUGUUAGGUUAAUUUCAAUAUUGUUUAAUACCAACAAGAACAAGGGCUAGAAACAAAACACUUCAGUAAUGAGUGUGAAUGAUGAUCUCAGGGUUAAUUCUAAUUAGGUUUUUAAACGGAUGCACUGUUUUACAGUAAAUAUGAAAAUUAUCUUUUUAUUAAAGAUCUUGAGAAUUUAAUUAUAAUAGAAAUAGGAUAUUACUGUUUAUGUAAUUGUCAAGGAAUAUGGUGCUUCAUCACUGAGAUAAUGCAAGAAACAUUACAUAAUAGCAGAUGUGAAACCAGCUCCUGGCAAAGAAUUUAGUUAUGGUGAAACAAGUGAUUUUCUUAAUGCAAUUAUUUAUGCAAUAAAAUGGCCAUAAGUAUUAGGAUAUAGUAAUUGAUUUCACUAUCCCGGUACAAUAAAUGUUUUGUGAUACACAUAUUUAAAUAAAUUUAGUAUGAUUUUCAACUUCUAUCAAGAAAGGAUAAAGAAACCAUUACUUUUUCUAAGUGUCAAAUUAAAUAUACUUCCUUCUUCUGCACAGCAUUUUCAAGUAUACUUAAAAAAUUAUGACAGAAAAGCUUAGAAAGAAAGGAUGACUCAUGAAAAACAUUUCUUAAAUGAAGAAAGAAUAUUAAGAAAUAAGUGAGCAUAAAGCCAAUUUAAUGAACUCGUGUAUACUUUUCAGAUAAGAUAUUUUCUAAAUUUAUUAAAAAUUAAAAAAAAGGGCAGCAAACUAUGUGUAAAUUAGUGCUAAUAAGAAGUGUUUGAUCUUGUCAUUUCAAUAGGGCACUACUAAGAAUCUCCUUGAUUCCUAGCCAUUUCAUAUUUUUUACUGCUACUGAUAUUAUGUGAAGUUUACCUUCUGUAUGGCCGAUUGGUAACUGGAGAUUUUCACCUAAUAGUUCUUAAGUGUAAUGAGGAGUUUUGUAUCAUACCCUGUCUCAAUGAUAGACAAAUAGUUGAAAAGUUAAUGUAUACUUUAAAAUACUGAGUAGUGAUUAUAUAUAUAUAUAUCAUAAACUAUUUGCUGUUGUCCACAUCCAGCCUUAUGAUGCAGCUUAUGAAAAUAGUAAAUUAAUAAAUACAAUUUGUAUGAUUGAAAUGGGGAGGGGAUAUCACGAGGGGGGAGUGUUUAGUAUAGGACUAAUUAUAAUUAGCUUUAAGAAUAUAAUUGUGACUGUAGGAUAUAAUACAAAAUAUUGUUUCUCCAUACAUGUGAAAUAUCCCUUCAUUAGUACAAAAAAUCUAAAGUAAAUUUAUACAAUAGAAGAAUGUACUUGAAGUUAAUUUAUUUUAUGUCUUAGAGCAGGAAUCUGUAAGCCAUGGUUUAACAAGCUAUGCAAGGAUCUAAAUAUAGUGCUUCAGAGAGUAACUGAUUUUUUAAAAAAACUCUUGAUUAAUGAAUGAAGUAUUUCUAGCUUACAAAGAUGCCAUAUUGACUGUUAUCAGUGGACUGGAAUUUGCUUCUAAUUAACUCUUUCAAGUCACUUCCCCCCUCCCCAAAGGGAGAUAAGGCACUAUCUUUUACCAGAAGUAUAUAAGUGAGAGAGAUAGUUGCAUGUUUUGAAAGAGCACUCUGAAAACAUUGAAAAUUUGACAAAAAUUACUAAAUUAUUGUGACUUUUACAAGUAUUAACCUAAAAUCUGUAGUAACGUGAAAGAGUUGAGAUGAAAUAACCACAAAGAAUAGUAGAAAUAAUGACAGUAUUUUUUUAUGUUGUAUACUACUUCAGAUUAAUGAAGUUAGAAGUUAUAGUUAAAGAAUGGAACAGAGGUGUAUUAAGAGUGAAAAUUUAUUAUAGUAUUCAUCACUGAAAUGUUGUUUAUUUCCUUUUUGAAUAAAGUACACAUACAUAAAACUCAUGCUGUAUAAGAAUUGACAAAUACAAAUGUGUUUAGUGUAAGAAUAGAAAUGUAUGUUGAUAAAUCAAUACAGUAGGUACCUUUUGAGCUGAUGAAGAAGUCAUGUAUAGGUUCUGGCAUUGCUAAUUUAGAUUUGUAUAGAUUUUGCAAUUUUAAUAAUUAUAUACAAUAUUUGAAUCUAAGCUAGUGGAUGUAAUACAACACACAUAAUAAACAUAACACUAUUGUUAGUUAUUUGUAGAGCAGUAUAUGUUGCUAUUCACCCAAUAUUUCUGAAUUAAAAAAUCCUAAACAGAGCUAUAAUGGGAUCAUUUAAAGUUUACACGGUCCAUUUGUUUAGAAGUCUUCCAAUAAGUUAACCACUCAAAGCUACAAAUGUAGAAUGCAGAAUCAGUAACUACUACUUUCAAUACAAGUGCAUAUACCCUUCAUAUCUCCAUAUUAAAUGUGUGUGUGCUUCUGUAAUUCACAAUAUUAAUAAAAAUAUGUACAUACUUCAUACUAAUAUACAUUAUUAAUGAAAUAUAUACACGCUAAAUAGCUCAUAUUUCUGUAUACAAAUGUUUUGAAUCAAUUUUAUAUGUUAUCUGCAAGUUUCUGCAUGUACGUUUCAUUCACAGUCAAGUUUUUAUCACAAAAUAGCCUAUCACUUUUAUUAAGUAUCAGAAGUGCGGCCUUUUCUUGUGCCUUCUCGAGAUGCAGACUUGCCUCUGUCUUCUGGGAUGUCAAUUCUUGCAAAUAUGAUAAAUGAAAUGUUACUUAUAAGUUACAGAAUUUUCUAGAAAUUGGAAUUGUAGGACCAAACUAAUUAUUUUUUUAUGUAUAUUCUGAUAUUUAUCUAAAAACAGUUCAUAAUAUUUUUUCUAAUAUUUUAUAUUUUGCAUUACAAAUCUUUGAAUCGGUUCUGUGUUAUAUGAAAAUUAUGUAAUGAAGUGUAUUUGUAUUCUGUUCUAGUCGCGUCUUCAUUAUUGCAACACAUAUUUGGAAUGGAAAAAAUGUUAUUUGAUAAGUGUCUUUCAUAUAUAUGUUUGAAAUAUGUAGUCACUACCUGAGUUAAAAUUAAUAUUAUAGAAAAUUGUAUAAAUGUUCCAGGAAUUUUGAACCAUAGCUUAAUAAUUUCUGGUAGAGGAAAGUUAACUGAAUAUAUAUAUAAAAAAAACUUUCUUAUUGUAUAUGAAUUCAACUGUGGUACUUUUUUUUAUGUAGAAGAAUUAAUAAAUAAAACUUUUUCAAGGAAUGUUAUGGAAUUGAAUGGAAAAUAUAUAUCUGUUUGUGUAUUUUGUUGAGGAAACCUUUAUGGAAUGAACUUUAAUGUAAACAAAAACAUUGUUUUAUUUGUUAGUAUAAUUUUAAGGAACUAAUUAUUAUUAUUACUUUUUUGCUUACAUAUUAUUGUUACUAAUAUCUUACUCUGGUGAUGUGGUGGUUAAAUUUAAAUAUUUGAUGUUUUAUAAACAUAUUUGGCAAGCAUAGGAAUUUAUAAAGAACAUAAGGAUAGUUAAAAAAAUGUUAGUAAAAACUUUAUUGCUUGCAUGCAGAUAUAUGAGGAUAAGAAGCAUUAGGUUUCAAACAGUGUCUUAUAAUUUCUAAGUUUCUUUUCUUUGCCACUUUUACCUAACCUGAGUUUGGCUACUGUGAAGGUAACUGUUAUUGAAGUAAUUUUCUCUUAUAUACAUGGGUUAUUUUUUCCUGAAACUUACUGAUCCAAAGAGAAAUUUCUGUGUAUAUCUAUACUAAUUUUUGAAUUAUUGUUUUAAGCAUGAUAUUGCAUUUUUGGGAUGACAAAAUAGCAUAUAAACCCAAAUCUAAGUUUAACACAAGCAGGUACUUUACUUGGUUCAUGCAGUGAUCUGAAGACUUGUAAUGCUGUAAGAUCUGGAUUUCAAUACCUUUGGUGGGUGUGACACAGAUAGCCCAUUGUGUAGCUUUGUGCUUAUCAACAAACAAACAUAAGAGUGGCCUGAAGUGAAAUAUAUACACAAGUGGUGAUGUCUUGAGUUAAAAAAUAGUAAUUUGAAAAUGGUCAUGGGUGAAAUUUUUACUUUUAUUACAGAGGUAUAAGAAAUAUCAAUGAAAGACUUGUUUGGACCUUGCAAACAUAAUCUUUUAUCCAUAAACAUUGUUUGUCUUGAUACAAACCUUCACAUUUCAGUUUAAAGAACACAAUAUUUUCUAACUAUUUAUCAGCCUUUCUUUUAUGGCAAGUGAUAAAAAUCUUAGCUACCUUUUGUGUAAUAAAAUGUAUUAUGAUUGUACUAUAACGUGAUUAGUAUUUUUUAUAAGUAAUGUGUAACACACACAGCAUUCAUAAAUAAGACAAGUAAGUAUAUUGGGCUAUUUUUAGUUGAGCUUUUUUUUUAAUUAAUUGAACUAAUAAUUGGUAUUUACAAAAACCAUCUUUUUCAUCAAGAGUAAAACUGAGAUUUUAAUUUUACAUCUUAGCUCAGAUUGUCUAUUUUUCUUGAAUUGUUAUGCCCCAAAUUAUGUAGUAAAGAACAAUGCAACUGUAUGUUUGUGAGGUGGUUUAAAUAAAUUUACUUACUUCAUUGUAAAUGCUUCUUCAGUUGUCAUAAAAUGUUUACACUAAGAGAAUGGAAUGGAACAAGUUUAAUUAACAUAAGGGUUCAGGUUUAAAAUUUUACCUGAAAAUAAAACUAACUUCCAAAAGCACAGAUAUUAAAAGUAUAACAUUUUAUAUGAAAUGCUAGAGAGAUUAAUUGUGUGUGGUACAUGUGUUUAACCUUUAGUACCACUUGAAACUGAAGAUAAAGAAAAUAGGGAAUUUACUUGCAUGUUUGCUUCUGGUUAUUAUCAGUGCCAUAUUGAGCAAGAAAACUUAUUAAAUUUUGUGGAAUUUAUCUUAAGUUAAUUUUCUAAAGGCUAUAUAAAUGAGAAUUGAUCAUGUUGUAUUUUUUAUAAUAAUCAUACCUUUCAUAAGCAUGUAUUACUGGGUAUGGGGGGGGGCAUAGCUAGAUACAGGGCUGGGGCACCUUUUUAAGAAUUAAAAAAAUAAAUACUUGUUAUCAAUUUUCAAUCAAACAGUAAAAAAACAUUUUGUAAAUGUAAAAUG